AACUAUAAGGGCCAUUCAGGAUUUGCGGUGGUGGAGUUCAAUAGAGACUGGCCUGGAUUUCACAACGCCAUGAUGUUUGAGAAAUCUUACGAAUCAAACCAAAAGGGCAAGAGGGAUUACUUUUCACCAAAGCACAUUGGAGAUGUGCUAUUUGGAUGGGUUGCUCGCGAUGAGGACUUCCACUCUAACAGUAUAGUUGGUGAACAUCUCCGGAAGACUGGCGAUCUGAAAAGUAUUUCUGAAAUUGAAGCUGAGUGUAAGCGGAAAAAUACAAAGCUUGUGACGAAUUUGACUAACAUGAUCGAGGUAAAGAAUAAGCGGCUUAAGGAAAUUGAGUGCAAAUACAACGAAACUUUAAUGUCACUGAGCGAGUGGAUGAGUGAGAAAGAUAAGAUGCACAAAGCUUACAAUGAAGAGAUAACAAAGAUGCAGCAGAAAGCGUGCAGCCAACUUGAAAGUAUUUUGGAGGACCAUGAACAUAUUAAUAAGCAAAUCGAAUUGCAGAGCAAAGAGCUUGCGCGGCGUGAGAAAGAACUGGAGAAACGGGAGGCCCGAAAUGAAGAUGAGAGGAGGAAGCUAGACUCUGAGAAGAAAAUGAAUGAGAGAGCUACCUUGGAGCAAAAGAUAGCAGAUGAAAACCUUCUAAGGCUGGCAGAAGAUCAAAAAAGAGAAAAAGAAAACCUUCAUGCAAGAAUUUUGGAAUUACAGAAGAAAAUUGAUGCCCGGCAAGCCCUGGAGUUGGAGGUAGAGCGUAUGAGAGGGGCAAUACAAGUUAUUGGACACAUGGGUGAGGACGGGGAUUUGGAACUGAAGAAGAAGAGGGAUGCACUUCAACAAGAUUUAGCAGAAAAGGAGCAAGACCUCAAAGAUCUAGAAUCCCUGAGUCAAGCUCUCACUAUAAAGGAACGCAAAAGCAAUGAUGAGGUUCAACAAGCUCGCAAGGAGUUAAUUAAUGUGUUUUUAACAAACCAAGUUAUUAAAAAGCGAAUUGGCUGCUUCCGAGAGCAAGUCAAGUCCUAGAGAAUGGAAGGAUUCAAAAAGGUGGACCCUGUGAGGCCAUCUUCAUAACCAUGCUGCCAAGCUAUAGUAGUGUCUAAUCCUCUUAUCACUUCACAAUUUGUAGACAUGAUUUAUGAGAUGGUUUCUCCAGAUGGAAGUAACACAAAUAUCUCAGUGGUUAUGAUCCUUAUGAAUCUUCUUCCUACAAUAGAUAUGCUGUAGUUCCAUUGGUAGCCCACACACUGAAAUUACAA